AAUAAAUUAAGUUGCCGUAUAUUUAUUUGUUUGUUCUGGGAAUUAUUAAAUACUGCUUCUAUUAAAAGUUAUUAAUACAUGUAUCAAGAAGAUUAGAAAACAAUAACACUAAGUUUAAUAUUCGUGAUAAUUUGUGGUACUUAUUGGAAACUUAUAAGUUAUUUUAUUUACCAAAAUAUUGUGUGUAAAUUUGGCAAGAGUCGAAGCAUAUCACUUCCGUUAAUUCCUUCUUCGUACGUUUUAAAGCAAAGUGGAACAAACAAAUAACGUACCUUAGUGCAUUGAUGGUGCUUCGCGUUCCUUACCAAGAGUUUGUGUUUUACGCGGAAAGUUUGUUAAAGAAUAAUCAAAUACAUAACCUCAAUUUCUGUAAUCAAAGUAAAAAAGAGAACUGAAGUAAACGUCAAAACGCGCGUACUACUAAUUGCUUUACUCAGUUGGAAAUAGUUACAAAAAUUUCACCAAAAAGGAAGCAGAGUUUUUUAAAUAUAAGAAUGGAUGUAGAUGCGAUUUUACAAGUACCUAAUAUAGAAGCUAAGAUAACGAAUGUGAAUCGUAGGCUUCCUAUUGGUGAACCACUAACAUCUAUAGAGUCUUUUUCUACAAGUAAUCAACCAGAAGAAGAUCCACCAGUUGAGUUAACACAGCCGCCAUUUUUAGAAGAAGAACAUACGGACGGUGAUAAAAAAAUGUAUGAUGAAUGUGAACAAUCGACACCAUUAAAACUUGCUAUGUCAGACACUGAAGAUGAUUCUGAUAAAAGCUUUGAAAAACGUGGUAAACAUCGUCGCCGACUCUCAAUGUCUUCAACAGGCGAUGGCGAAACAGAAGCAGCUUGGGCUAUUAUAUUUGCUUAUAAGCGAGGAGUAAAAGCUCAAGAAAACGGUGAAGGCUGCUUAAUGGGUUGGGAUGAGGGUGGUGAUUUUUCGCCAAUAGAAACUAUAGAAGCUGAAGAAGAACCUGUGGUAGCUGCAAUUGAACCUAUAGAACCUACUGCUGAAAAACGAAGAGCAGAUAUUACAGAGACACAUAUACCUAUUAAAAAAUCAAAACAAAAGAGUUCAGAUGAAAAGGCUACUCAGCUGUAUAAUGAAACCGAAAUGCUAACAUCACCUGCUAUUAUAAAUGAAGUAGAGACCGUUAAAGAAGAAACUGCUAAGCAAAAUGUAUCUCCAAAAGAAACAGAAACUAAUAAGACACAUAUUGUUGCAGACACAGAGGAAAAUACUGCAUCGAAAACAUCUCAUAAAAAAAUACGAUCAAGUGUUAGCAGUGCACCAACUGGCGGUACACCAAGGCCCAAGGCUAAGCAAACCGAUUUGAUGGAAGGCUUUCAAAAACCGUUUCAGUACGGUUGGAAACGCGAGUUGGUUUGGCGUUCGACCGGAGAUGCAAAAGCAGCGGAUGUAUAUUUUUAUACACCCAAUGGCAAAAAGCUGCGUUCUCGAAGUGAAGUAGCACCAUAUCUAACUGAUGAUUUGACUUUAGACCACUUCUGCUUCUCAAAAAUCACGUUGAAUGUCGGACCAGAAUUUGAAACAAUUCGUAAAGCCAAGCCAGCAAAUCGCAGCGGUGUUUCUACUUCAAGAUUGUCUUUGCCACCGCGUUCCAUUGGCAAGCGUGUAUCGAAACCUAAAGCACCAAAAGGCGCCAGCCCUCCGCCAGAAGGUUGGACACCAACGCAGGCUCUUAAAACAAACAACGCUGCACUCCUUAGUACCGGCGUUAGCAGUAGCAGACAAAGUUCCAGUAAUAAUCAUGUUCUAACGCCAACAAGUAGUCGCACAAAUACUUCUAGCAGCAGUUCAAGCAAGAGUUCCAAAUCUAAAAGAAACAAUUCUAGUGUUAAUCAAGGUUCAAGAGAAAGAUCAAAAAGCCACAAACCGUGUACGAUUCAAUGUCCCAAAGCAACAGGCCAAGUACCGCAACUGCAAUGUGUUAAAUGCUGUUGCUUAUAUCAUCACGAAUGUGUGGGCUUGAAUCGCCUCAAUAGUGAGUAUCGCUUAACAGGAACUAAUUCCAAUUCAAAUUCAAACGAUGGACGCGAUUACGUUUGUGAGGCGUGUCUACCAAAAGUGGAGAAAAUUCCAAAAGUAAUCGAAACUCAAAUAAGUAUCACGCCAACAACAACAGCAACACCACAAGUAUUAAAACGCGUUAUUCAGCAACCUCAAUCGAUAGCAGUGGUUAAAGGAAAAAAAUAUGUGAUGUUAGCGCAAUCAACUAGGGUCGAAGAAAAACAGAACGAUAUUGAAAAUGAUUUGAAGCAAAUAAAUGAUGGCAUACGCGAUAAUCACAAAACAGGAAGUAGGUCAUCAGAUACAUCACAAAGUCUAUCAUCUUUACCAUCGUCUCAGAUUGCGACACAAGCGGUUGACACUUCCAAUACAAAGUUUGCAACGAAUUUCUUUGCAAAUACGUCUUUUGCAUUCGAUGCACUUAUCAAUAUACUCAAAUAUUUGAAGAUACACGAACGUUCACGUGCAGCUUCCGUUUGUAAAUUAUGGAAUAUUGCAGCUAAAGAUACAACUUUGUGGAAAACUGUGCGUAUGAAAAAUGCAAAGGUUUCUGAUUGGGAGUGUUUUGCGGCGUCUCUACGCCGUGGUGAAACUAGACAUUUGGAUUUACGUAAAAUGUUAAUUGUAACUUCUAAGGCUGAAGAAAUGUGGAAUGACUUCCUGGAACAUAUUGGUACAGUUUGUUCAUUGGAAACCAUUGACUUAUGUCGGUGCUCGGCCCGUGUGGUUGAAAGUCUUUUUCUCACCAACAAAAAAUUGCGCGUUUUAAAUGCAUUAGCAAUAAAUGAUGAUGUUAUAAAUUUGGAAAACAUUGUCUAUAUGCAGGAGCUGAAGGAGUUGCGCUUACGUACAAUUGAAGCUGGUGUCAUCGGAGGAGAACUUAAUCCAUUACAAUGUUUAGACAACCUGACCCAUCUCUCAAUAACCGCUAUACGUGGUCUCGGCGCAAAGGGUGUUGAUGUGUUUGGUGAACUUGUACAGUUGCGUUCAUUAGAAUUGGGUGAAUGUGGUGACUUUGAUUCAACUUUUGCGAAAGAUGUGUUGCCAAAAUUAAACAACUUAAAUCGUUUACGUCUGGAAAAUGGCACAAGUACUAAUUGUGAUACACUAGAGAUUCUAGAAUCAGUUGCAAAUCUGAAGCAGUUAACACAACUUGAAUUAGUAAACUUUGAUAUUCAACCCACUUUUGAUGAUAAACUGCGUCAGUGUACCAAUAUUAAAAAGUUGCUAAUCAUUCCAACAUAUAUUUCGCAGUCUGCUACAACAAAUCGUAUAAUGCUUAGUGCAGUUCAGAAAGUGCCAGAUACUUUAAAGGUGUUUACUUGGGGAGUUACAAUAGAAUUGCUUAGAGUAACAGCAUUAUAUAUGGAUCAAUGUAAGGAAACAAGCAAAAAGAAAAAAGUUCACGUUAAUGAACGUAUACCAGUUUUAAAACCAGUCCCUGGUGCUUUGCCGGCACUUACAAAAGAUGAAGAAGAGGAAACAGAGCAUGUAAAUGAUGAUGCAGAUAAUAGUGAACUACCGCAGCUGGAAUUGUUACCUCUUGAUAAAAUAGAAGCCAUUAUGGCUGCAAAUAUGCCCAAUACAAAGUUCACGAUAGUAAAAAUGCCUUACAAUGCAACAUGCAGACAACAAUUGGUAGAGUAAGGAUAACAUAUUGAUAUAAAUUAUUUUCAUUAGCCAGCCAAUAAUAUAAUAAACCAACAAUGAAAUGUUUAGUCAAUGCCAAACACUGUUUGCAAUGAUUUUUGCGUUUUUAAGAGAUAACCGCUUCUCUUUCUAAAACUGUAUAGUUUUUGUUUAUUAUAUAAAUAAUUUAUUUUAUGUAAAAUCGAAGU